CUGACUAGGAUGAAUGUGUUAUGGCGGAACUCUGUGUCCUGCAUGAGGAUAGGAAAGGUGCUGCAAAGAUACCAAAGUGGUCAUCACCCAACAGCUCCUCUGGGAUCAAGGAUUUUAACUGACCCAACCAAAGUUUUUGAACACAACAUGUGGGAUCAUAUGCAGUGGUCAGAAGAAGAAGAAGCAGCAGCUAGGAAAAAAGUAGAAGAAAACUCAGCUGUGCAAGUUCUUGAGAGAGAGCAAGUUAAGUAUGAGACUGAAGCUAGUACAUACUGGGACACAUUUUACAAGAUUCAUAAGAAUAAGUUUUUCAAGGAUCGUAAUUGGCUGUUGAGGGAAUUUCCUGAAAUUCGUCCAGUUGAUCAAAAAACUACAAAGAAAGAGAGUGAAUUAUCAUGGGAUCAUAUACAAACUAAUGCAGAAAAUUGUUCCUCAAGAACACACUGCUCUACAAUGUCUGAAGAAAAUAACCAUUCUGUGAAAAAUUCUGCCUUGGUGCACGACCGUAACAAAGCAGGAUCUGAUUUUCCAAACCUAGACUCUGAAAAGCACAGAAAAGUUCUUCUGGAGACUGAAUUUUUUCCUGGUAGCAAUGCUACUUUCAGAAUACUAGAGGUUGGCUGUGGUGCUGGAAAUAGUGUCUUUCCAAUUCUGAACAUCUUGCAAAAUACUCCAGGGGCCUUCCUUUACUGUUGUGAUUUUGCUUCUGGAGCUGUGGAACUGGUUAAGUCCCACGCAUCCUACAGAGCAGCCCAGUGUUCCGCCUUUGUUCAUGAUGUGUGUGAUGAUGGCUUGCCCUACCCUUUUCCAGAUGGGAUCCUGGAUGUCGUUCUCCUUGUCUUUGUGCUCUCUUCUAUUCAUCCUGACAGGGUCUUGUUUAUCUGAAAAUUUUUAUGUACGAGGAGAUGGUACCAGAGCAUAUUUCUUCACAAAAGG